AUGGCAGGUUCAAGUGAUCUGAAUCUAUUGAAAUCAUGGAAUCCUAAACUUCAAAAGAAUAAGGCUAAAGUUAGCAAAGUAGAAGAAGAUGCUAUUGAAGAAGAACGAAAAAUUCAGCAAAAACAAAAAGAGAAAGAGUUACAAGAUCUAGCGAGUGGUAAAGGAAAGACUGGAUUGGAAUGGAUGUACGAGGAUGCCAAACACAUUCAAGACAAGAAACCAAAGCCAAAGCCAAAAUUAGUAAAAAAGGACUCCACGACUAAGGGUAUACCAACCUUAAAGAGCGAAAAGCUGGCAAAAGAUGAUCCAAUGAGUAAGUUCAAGGUAGCAAAAAAACGUUCAAAGAAAUAA